CGUACAACGGCUCGUGGACGCACUGGGUUUAUUAGACGACCACGGAAAAUCGAUAACUUUGUGCAUUUUUUCAUGAUUAUUUAACAAAGUUUUUCACCAAUAUUUCUAGUAAUUUACAUCGCAAUUCGCUAAAUUAAUUGACUGUGUUGCCAGCAUCGUCAGCAUGGAGGCAUUGAUACCCGUAGUAAAUAAAUUGCAAGAUGUAUUCAAUACAGUGGGCAGCGACUCGAUUCAGUUGCCACAAAUUGUGGUGCUUGGCACCCAAUCAUCCGGCAAAUCGUCCGUAAUUGAAGCUUUGGUGGGCCGAAGUUUCUUGCCACGCGGCACAGGAAUUGUCACACGGCGCCCCUUGGUGCUGCAACUCGUUUAUUGUCCGCUCGACGACAGGGAACACCGUUCCUCGGACCAAGGCACCGCCAAACUCGAGGAAUGGGGCAAAUUUUUACACACGAAAAAUAAAAUUUUCGCGGAUUUCGAUGAAAUUCGGGAGGAAAUUGAGGCAGAAACGGACCGAAUGGCAGGUAGCAACAAAGGAAUUUGCCCCGAACCGAUAAAUUUGAAGAUUUUUUCGACGCGCGUCGUGAAUUUGACACUCGUCGAUUUGCCGGGCAUCACAAAGGUGCCGGUUGGCGAUCAGCCCGAAGACAUUGAAAAGCAAAUUCGUGAUCUCGUGUAUCAGCACAUCGAGAAUCCGAAUUCGAUAAUUCUCGCAGUGACUGCUGCCAACACAGACAUGGCAACCAGUGAGGCCUUGAAAAUGGCAAAAGAUGUCGAUCCCGAGGGACGACGUACUUUGGCGGUCGUAACGAAGCUCGAUCUGAUGGAUGCCGGAACAGAUGCCAUUGAUAUUCUGUGUGGACGCGUGAUUCCCGUCAAAUUGGGCAUAAUUGGUGUCGUGAAUCGAUCGCAGCAGGACAUUAAGGACAAGAAAACCAUUGAGGAGCAAUUGAAAGACGAAGCGGCAUUUUUGCAGCGGAAAUAUCCGACGCUCGCGACACGCAACGGCACACCGUAUUUGGCAAAAACGCUAAAUCGCUUGUUGAUGCAUCACAUUCGCGAUUGUUUGCCCGAACUCAAAACACGUGUGAAUGUGAUGUCGUCACAAUUUCAGUCUCUGCUUAACUCGUAUGGCGAAGAUGUCACAGACAAGAGUCAGACAUUGCUCCAAAUUAUCACAAAGUUCGCAAGUGCAUAUUGUUCGACGAUUGAGGGCACUUCGCGGAAUAUCGAGACGACGGAAUUGUGUGGUGGUGCUCGCAUUUGUUACAUUUUCCACGAAACGUUUGGCAGAACGCUCGACUCGAUUCAUCCGUUAGCGGGAUUGACCAAAAUGGAUAUCUUGACAGCCAUACGGAAUGCAACGGGACCACGUCCGGCGUUGUUUGUGCCGGAAGUUUCGUUUGAGCUGUUGGUAAAACGGCAAAUUCGGAGAUUGGAAGAACCGUCGUUGAGAUGCGUGGAGUUGAUUCAUGAAGAGAUGCAACGGAUAAUUCAACAUUGUGGUACUGAAGUGCAACAAGAAAUGCUUCGUUUCCCAAAAUUACACGAAAAAAUUGUCGAUGUUGUAACGCAACUUUUGCGUCGUCGUCUCCCCACGACAAAUCACAUGGUCGAGAAUUUAGUGGCCAUCGAGUUGGCGUACGUCAACACCAAACAUCCGGAUUUCCACAAAGACGCCGCGCUCGUCCCAAGUCUCCUGAAGAACGAACAGAACGAGGCCUGGCAACAGAUGCAACAUCAAAAGCAACGUCACGCAAGUCACCGUACUGUCACGCCCUCCGGUCCUCGCGACGGAACUGGCGAUCAUGCCGCCACAAAUCACGCCGACAGCGUCGUACAAAACAACCACGAAGCAACCAACAGUUGGCUCGCGAAUAUUUUGCCGCCACCCACGCAACCACAACAACGGCCCAGCGAAAGCGAGUCAUCGGCUGCCAGUACUCCGACACACGUGCCGCAUGCCGUGCAAAGUCCCGCAAAAGCUGUCAACUUACUCCCGGACGUUCCAGUGAACCACUCGUCGCGAAAACUCACGGACAAGGAACAAAAGGACUGUGAUGUCAUCGAACGGCUCAUCAAGAGCUACUUUUACAUCAUCCGCAAAUCCAUACAGGACAGCGUCCCGAAGGCGAUCAUGCAUUUCUUGGUGAACUUCGUGAAAGACAACUUGCAGUCGGAGCUCGUGACGCAUCUCUACAAAUCGGACAAGGCUGAAGAGUUACUCAACGAGUCGGACCACAUUGCGGUGCGUCGCAAGGAGGCGGCCGACAUGUUGCAGGCACUAACGCGCGCCAAUCACAUCAUCAGUGAGAUCCGCGAAACGCACAUGUGGUAAAGAAAAAACUCGAAACGAUAGUAUCAAAUAAUUUGUAGAUGUGCUGCAGUGUGAAAAUUCCCUUUCAACACUAACAAUUUUUUUCAUAGAUCAAAAAAGAAUCCGUUACUUAACCAAAAAACUCAGAAAAAAAUUCUUGCAUGGCUUUUUUUAGUAUCAAUAUUUUUUUUAUAACGAUUAACGAUUUAGCUCAAGUAUUUUUAUUACCAAAAUUAAUUUUACUAAAAUCCAUAAAAUUGUUUUAUUUCUUACGCUUUCCAUCGAAUUCGCUUACAAACCAAUCGGAAUAUAUACAAUUUUAGGGUAGACUCACUUUGUUAAUGUUUUUUAUUGAUAAAAAAAAAUACAAGAAAAAAAAUGCAAACUACUAGUUAGAAAAUAUCCUCCUAUAUUAUGAAAUAAAGGAAACUCGUUGAAUGAUCCAGACAUUAAUUAUAUUAUUAUUAAUAAUAAUAUUUGAAAUAAAGUGAAAAAAAUGA